AUGAUUAUAUUAAUUAUAGCAACAGUGUCUUGUCUGGAUAUUAAUUUGACAAAUCUACAAUUUAAUUAUUAUAGUUUACCUAUAUUAGCAAAUAAUAAUACAUAUAAUCUAAUUGUAGACACUGGCAAUGAAGACAUGUGGAUAUUUGGAAAGAAUUCCAAUAGAAGAAAUUAUUUUGAAUGUUAAAAUUGUAUCCCAAUAGAGAAUCAUACAUUAGAAUAUGCAUAAGGCAAGAUCUCUGGAUUUAAAUUCAAUCAAAUAUUUUCAUUAAUGAAUCAAUCUUUGAUAUUGUAAGUAAUUGAAGCAUCUAAAGUUGAACAUUUUUAUUCAAUAAUUGCUGAUGGUGCAAUUGGAUUAAGUAGAAAAUAACUAUCUAAAGAAGAUAACUUUUUAAAGAAAUUAUAUGAAUCAAAAGUUAUUGAUGAUAUAUAAUUUGGGCUUUUAUUAAAUGAAUAAAAUUGUUAACCUACAUCAAUUUUGAUUCUUGGAACACCAAAUAAAAAUUAUUAUAUCAAUGAAUUAUAAUAUGUAAAAUCAAUUGAAUCUGAAUAAUGGACUGUGAAAGGUAAAUCAAUAGAAAUUUUUGGGAAAAACAACAAAUAUGAAUUAGAAUCAUAUUCAUAAAUUAUUGUAUUUGAUAGUGGAAUAUCUAAAAUUCAAAUAUCGAAAUAUAAAUUAAAUAAACUAAUUGCAAUUUUGAAUGAAAAUUAUUAAUUGAAUUGUUAUAAAGAAACUUAGAAUUAAAUUAAUGAAAUUGUAUGUUCAUAUAAUGAAGAAUCAUUUCCUGAAUUGAAUAUUAAUAUUGAUACUAAUAUUAGUUUAACAUUAUUACCACAAGAUUAUAUUGCAUAUUGUCAUUAUAAUUACUUUUUAUAACAUAUAUGUUAUUUAAAUUUUCAAUAGAUAGAUAAUAAAGAUGUUCUAGUAUUGGGAUCAGUAUUUUUAUAAAAGUAUUAUACACAUUAUGAUGUCAAUACAUAGUAAAUUGGUAUUGCUAAAUCCAUAUAUUAUUGUAAGAUAUAAAUUAAUUUUAGAAAGGGAUAAAUAGAGUUUGAAUUAACUUGGAAGUACUUAUAUUUAUAAUGACGUGUUAUUCUUCUCGUUCAUUUUAGUACUACUAUUGUUAAUAGGAAUUUACUUUUCACUUAAAUUGUUAUUAAAACAAUCAAUUCCUUUAUAUCUAUCUGUCUUAGAGAAAUCCUCAUCUAGAUCAUAAGAAUAGGAAAUGGAGGCAAUCACAUUAAAGACUUAAUCAAAUAGUUAACCACCUUUGACAACCUGA